AUUAUGUCUUGUACAAAGGUGUUGAUUAUAGUAGAAUAAUGGAAAACAAAGGACAAAGGAAUAAAAAAGAAACACAAGUUGGCACACUCUCUUUAUUAUUCACUCGCCUCUAUAAAUCCAAUCUAUCCUCUCUCUUCUUCUUGAAACUUGUUUGUUUCCUCUUUCUCUCUUCGUCUAUAUUUCGAUCAAAAACCUGUUUUCUUGCCCCUAAAUCCCAAAAUAAUCCAUUCUUAACUAGUUGAGUUUCCCAAAAGUUUGGAUAAAUCUUCUCAUAUGCGAUAAUAAGUUUUUAUAAUUUUGGAGAAAAUGAGUUGCAAUGGAUGUAGAGUUCUUCGAAAAGGUUGCAGUGAAACAUGCAUCCUUCGCCCUUGUCUCCAAUGGAUCGAAUCCCCCGAGUCACAAGGCCAUGCCACUGUCUUCGUUGCUAAAUUCUUCGGCCGUGCCGGUCUCAUGUCUUUCAUUUCAGCCGUACCUGAGCUACAACGUCCUGCUUUGUUUCAGUCGUUGUUGUUUGAAGCGUGUGGGAGAACGGUGAAUCCGGUUAACGGAGCGGUUGGUAUGUUAUGGACCGGGAACUGGCACGUGUGCCAAGCGGCGGUUGAGACAGUUCUUCGCGGCGGGACUUUACGACCGAUCUCAGAUCUUCUUGAAACUCCGUCGUUGAUGAUAUCCUCCGAUGAGUCUUCCGCGAUUUUGCACCGAGACGUUUCAAGAAACGGAAACAACCAAAACCACCGCCGCUUCUCCAUCUCCAGAUCUAAAACGGAGAUGAAAGACUCUUCGGUUAACCGGAAACGUUUCAAGUCCGAUUCGGAUCUCGAUCUCCAAGUGAACCAUCAAGGUUUAACCCUAACCGGUUCGGCUGUACCGGUUCCUUUUGUUCCUCCACCACCUUUUUGUAAGGCGGUUAACGGUGAUCGUCCGGGAAGUCCAUCGGAGGAGUCUGUAACGACGUCGUGUUGGGAAAACGGUAUGAGAGGAGAUAAUGAAUACAAAAGAAACAAAGGAGAUAAAAAGUUAUUAAACCUGUUUGUUUAAAACCGGCGACGCGCAAAAACACUUAAGAUUUUGAGAGGCUCUUUUCUAGGGUUUUUUUUUCUUUUGGUUUUUGUUUUUUGGGGUUGUGAGUGGAAUGGAUUUUUUAGUUAAGCCGCGUAAUUAUUGGCUAAUUAUUAAGGACUUCUCUAUCGAGAAAUAUCAUAAAAUUUUGGGAAUAAAAUUUUCUGUUGGUGAGAUGCAUGGUUUUGCUACACACACUGUAUAAGUAUCGAAAAGUGUUACAUGUUAGGAAAAAAUAUUUUCCGAUAUAUAAUUUGACGUACAUAUGCAAUUA